AAGUCCUUCCAAGUCCCCCUUUCGCUCUAGGAAAAAAAAAAGGGGACGAUUCUGCUCGCGCCGCCGGUUCCCCGAUGGCGGAGGACUCAGGCGCCAUCCUCCGCCACAUCUCCUCCCUCAAGGACAUGCUUGACAAGGUCAAUGAAGAGAUUGAACAGAAUAUACAAAGGACCAGGGAAACAGAGUCAGAAAUAGUGAAGCAUUCUGAAACUGAAAAGGACUAUCUCGUGAAGGAGUCUGAGCUAAUGAAAGGAGUAUCGGUUGCUGAGUUUGAACUUGAUGGGCUUAUGCAAGUGGAAGCUGCUGGAACAGAUUCACUUAAAGCGAUGGAGGGCAAUUUGGAAUUCCGGAAAGCUACUCUGAAUGCAAUUAGGAAACUAUUCUACGAUAAAAUGGAAAGGUUCAUCGCGGAAUCUAAAGACUUCCAAGUUAACAUGCUUGGAGGUUCAAAUGAGGAUUUGCUUCUCCUACUAAAGGAAAGAGAUUCACUAGAGAAUGAGAGUGAGAACUUGAGGAUGAAGAUCAACGCCAUACAAAGUUCAUUAAAGGAAUACAUUGCUGAGAUUCUUGAGGAGGUAAAUGUGGAAAAUUCAGUUCUGGAGUCUGAUGUACAGUAUAGGAUUUCGGAAUACAUGGAAAUUCUCAAGGAUAUAAACAACCUGAAGAUUCUAUUUAGUUCGAGCAAUUCUUAAGAAGGGUCUUCAUUGUUGCAGGCUCAUGACCCAUCAAAGUUGCCACAUGUUUCUUGUGUCUUCAGUACGCCAUUUUGGUUUGGCUGUCAAGAAUCUUCAGCAAGCUCAAUGGAAAUACCUUGUACAUGUUUCUUGUGUCGAGAUCUAGCACGAAUUUACUGCACUACCAAACAUGUAUUGGUCAUGGCUUGUAUAUACAGUUCAGUUAACCUCUGCAGUGUAGAUUUCAAGCUGAGGGAUAGUAGGAAAAGGCAAAGUGCCUAGGAAUGCAGAUUGGAAAAACAGCAAAGUCUUUUGUGGGCAAUUGUUGUUUUCAAAUAUAUUUUUUACUUUAGCGGGCAA